AUGGCGAGCGCGCGCACAUCCAGCGGCUCCAGGCCGCCUGUGGUACCUGCUACUCCGGUCGGUCGAUCCAUGCGCAAGAAGAAUCAUCUCAACCUCAGCGCAAAGGCUUUCGACAAGAUGUCGAAACGUCUCUUGUCGGUAGAAAAGUCGACGGGUCAAUCGGCCAUGGCAUCUUGGGGCGCUUCAGAUCCGAACGAGCCUCUGGCUGCUGCAUCGCAUCGCAUUGAAGGGAUUCCUGAGCUGGGAGAAGGUGGUCAUCGUACGACCGCUUCCUACGUCAUCGCAGAAGGUGAUGACAAUGCUGCCAAUGCGCCCGAGAUCAAAUCGACCACAGAGUACCACCUCCGUCGGUUCGGAAAGGCACCCGUGAACAGAGGCCUGACGCAAGGAGCAGGUAAAGGACCUGAUGGAGCUGCUCUUGCCGCUGCCGCUGCCAAGUCGCUCAAGGGGAAAGGCGUGGCACCAGUCGACUCGUUCCUGAACGAAGGCAGCUUCGUAUUCAACCCGCUCAAUAGAAGGGUACCGCAACAAACACCGCGCAAGGCGAAGACGCGCACGGUCUCGUCGGCCAACAACGCUGCAUCUUCGCGCGCUACAUCGGGCUCCGCAUUACCGUCAAGUGCAGCAGCACCGACAGAGCCGAGGCUCCCUUCUCAGCGACACCAACCUCAGCUCGAUCUCGCUGGACCGUCGAAUCAGCUUCCCGUAUCGUCAGCCGCGGCGCCUACUACAACAGCACGCGAUGCUGCGCCUCGACCAGACUCCGCCGCAGCGCCAGCAGCAGCAGACAGCGAUGAUCGGGCCUUUAUUCCGCUUAGCCUCGUCGACCGUGAUCUGCAGGAAGCACUCAUCCUCGAAGAUCUCCUGUACGUUCUUCUCGGCAUCGAAGGUCAGUACAUCUCCUAUGCGUCUACCUACGAUCCAGAGGACAUUGCGCACCGUCUGCGGGGUGCUCAAUUCAACAUCGACACAGCACUCGACGCUCCUCUCCGCGACCUCGUCGACCGCAUCCUUCCACUUGCUACAGACUACACCGCCAUUUACGCCUUCAUCGAGACCGACUCUGGCCUCGAGUACGGUACCGUCAACCACGCCCUCUGUGCCGCCAUCCGCGAUCUUUUGCACGACUACGAGCUUCUUGUGGUUCAGCUCGAACAUCAAAUGGCGUCAUCCACCUCAUUCAGUCUUCAGAAGCUGUUCAUGUGGAUCCAGGAGACGGCACGCACGCUCGCCAUGGUUCGCGCGUUGACCGACGAGAUUGUCGGCAUCUCGCACGCGGAUCUCUUCGACGAUGAGGACGACGACGACUCGUCGGAUGGCGACGGCGGCUCGGACAUCAGCGGGACGUCGGCUUUGGAGCGUGAGCGACGUGCGCUGCUAGGUCUCGAUGACCCUGACGACCAAGGAGUCGAGGGCGGCAUCGCCAAAGGUGGCGAGGUGCUUUCCAUGCUCUGGGAUCGUAUCACCCGAAUGAGCGGCGAUCCGAAAGCUCGAACUCUGUUCACGACCCUCUUCCAACGCGCUUCACAGCCUUACGCGCAAACUCUCGUCAAGUGGAUCACCACCGGCGACCUUUCCGAUACCUAUGAAGAGUUCAUGGUGAUGGAAGAUGCUAAAGUCACGCGAGCUGCUCUGGAGUCGGAUCCGACGGACGAAUACUGGGAGACGCGGUACACGCUGCGCGACGAAACCACGAUCGCCAAACGCGAGCGUCAACGUCAGCUUGGGCUGGAUUUGGAUGCCGAGCUGGAGGACGAGGAAGACAAUCCGAGAGGCAUCCUUACCGGCGGUGCCAAAAUCCCAUCCUUCCUCGAACCGUGGAAGCACAAGAUUCUGCUUGCGGGUAAAUACCUCAACGUGAUCCGGGAGUGUGGCCUCGAAGUGCCAUCCGAUCCGGACCAGGCGGCGGAUGGCCUCAGCGCUUCCAAGCCAGGAAAAGCAGCAGUGGUGUCGGCGGUAGUCAUGAACGACGAAUCCUUCUUCCGACGUAUCGAGGGUGCCUAUCAACGCGCCAACUCUGCGUUGCUCAGAUUGCUGCUCGGUGACCAGCACAUCCUCGAACGACUUCGAUCGCUCAAGCAUUUCUUCUUCUUCUCCGAGUCGGACUUCCUGUCGUCGUUCCUGGAGCAGUCGGCGCACGAGCUGGUCAAAAAGGUCUCGCCGAGCAAGACGAGGGAGACGGUGCAGCAGCGUCUGCAGACGCAUCUUGGUGCGGUCUUGGGCUCGAGCAGCACGGUUGGGUUUGAAGAUCCGUACCGCGAAGAUGUGCGAAUCGUGUUGGCAUCGGAAGGAGCAUACGACCAGCUGAAGCGUAUCGCCGAGACCAAGGGUGGGAUCGAGGCGACUAAGCUGGCGCAGGCGAAUGCGGCGGCGGCGGCUGCAGCCGGAUCGUCGAGCAAGGAGACUUUCGUGCCCGCCGUGACACUGUUGCAAUUCGACGUGGCGGUCAAGUUCCCCGUCUCGCUCGUCAUCAGCCGCAAAAACAUCCUUCGAUAUCAAUUCGUGUCCCGCGGCCUAUUCCACCUCAAGACGCUCGAACGAUCUCUCUCCGAACUCUGGCUGGAUCACUCCUCCAACCCGCUGUGGAAGCAACGCACCCACCCGGCACUGGAAAGAUGGAAGCAGAAGCUCUUCAACCUCCGUUCGCGCAUGACGUUCUUCGUUCAACAAUUGCUCGCCUUCCAACUCAUGGAGGUGGUCGAACCCAACUACCUCGAGCUGCAGCGCAAGCUGUCCAACGUCAAGACUGUCGAUCAGCUGAUGAAGGAUCACUUUGCGUUCCUGAACACGACGCGGAAGGAGUUGAUGUUUACGGAUCUGAGGUAUCUCGAGUUGCACUCGCAGUUGACGACAGUGAUCAACGUGUUUGUAGAGAACAGGGUAAGGUUUCAGGACCAGGUGCUGUUGGAAACGGAGAGGUGGAGGAAGGCGGGAGGGAAGAAGGGAUUGGGUCCGGAACCGGGGUUGCAGGAGGGGACGGUGGAGUUUUUGGCGAGGUUCGUGAAGCACUGGGAGAGGUAUGCGAAGACUUACAAGGAUGUGGUGAAUCUGCUGAGUACGACGGAUAAUCCGGCGGCGUUGCCCUUGGCGUACAGGUUUCAGAGCUCGAAUUUGUAG